UUCUUUUUAUGCAUUCGUUAUACAUGCAGUUGCAUAUAUGUAUGUGUACCUUGAUAGAUUUCAUUCUUAGAUCGAAUGCAACAUCGACAUGAAGUGGUUUGGGGAAAUAGUUUAGCGGGAGAUUUGAAAGAACCUGAAAAUGGACUACACAAGUCAAUUAAUUUUUAAUAGACUAAAAAAUAUUUUAAGUAAAUUUGACGACAUGUAGGAAAAAAUACGAAUUUCUUCAAAAAGUGAUAUAAAAAUAAUCCAAAAUGGGAAAAUCUAGUGCGGUGGUGUUUGUGACUCUCUGUGUACUAAAGUCAGUGUCCAGUGUAUUUCAAAAAGAUUUCGAUUUGUUUCCCGAACUGCCCACUGGUGUUCCUGAUACAGAAAAUGAGUUGUGCAAGUUGCACAGUGAUCUGUUCGUCGAAAGUUUGAAGAAUUUUACUUUAUGGGCCCAUGAGAUGUGGGAUGCUACUGCCAAAUCUUCUACUGGUAUCCUCAGAGGCAACACCUUUCAAAUGGGCCAUUUUGAACAAUGUCUCUCAGCAAAGGCGCCCUUUGAAACCAAGUAUUGUAUGGCAACAGUCACCAUGCACGUUCCAAGAUUAGAAAAACCCGAUAGGGACGUACUGAGUAUCGAUUUCGAUGGUGCAGACUCAGUACUGGAUAGGCUUUAUAGAUACAAAGAUGUUACUCAGCAAGCUAGAGACACUGUGAACUUCGGAUGGUGUAUUCCAGCAUCAUGUAGCUUACACGAUUUAGAGUUAUCUUUGAACAGAUAUUUAAACACCAUAGAUGUACCUUUGGAGAAGAAGAACAUCAGUUACACUGCCUUUAUUAAGCCAGAAUUUUGUACGAGGGCUUAUGAGAAACAGCAUUAUAAUAAUGCUGAUUAUUCUUUUGGCUUAAUCACACUAAUUUUGGCAGUACUGGUCCUUAUAUCUACUACGUACGAUUAUCAAACAAAAAAACCGAAAUCUGACGAGAAACCAGUCAAAAAGACUUUAGGCCAAAAAAUGAUACUGGCUUUUUCUGCAAGGUUGAAUUUUGUGGAAAUGACCCACAAGGAAACUACUAACGAUGAUUUGAAUAUUCUCUACGGUCUUAGAACCAUCGCCAUCAUGGUUAUUAUCAUGGAUCACAGAUUUGGAACCUUUACGUCAUCGGCACUGAUUAAUUUCAAUUAUGUGGAAAUACAAUAUAGAGCACCGUUUGCUUGUGUCCUCUUCCAUGGAGACCUGUUCGUGGAUUCAUUUUUUCUGUUGAGUGGAUUGUUAGUGGCCUAUGGACUGCUAUCUCAGUUCGAUAAAAGAAUGGUUAAUCCAGGAUUCAUCGUAUUUCUUCGAUAUAUAAGAUUAACUCCCAUUUAUGCUUUCGUUAUUUUUUACUACGCCACCGUGUUUGAUUACACUGGGAACGGUCCACUGUGGAAAAUAAUUGCAGGAGCAGACUCAAACGAUUGCAAACAGAAUUGGUGGAUUAACUUGUUAUAUCUUAAUAAUUACAUCAAUCCAGACCAUAUGUGUAUGACGCAUGCCUGGUAUUUGCCAUGCGAUUUCCACUAUUUUAUCAUAGCCAUAGGAAUAUGUUUGCUGAUAAAGAAAGAAAAGAAAGUUGGAUUGAGUGCCUUAUUUACAAUAAUCAUAAUUUCAAUGGUUAUCCCUUUUAUAUUGACAGUAGUCUAUAAGAGACCGGCGAUGUUGAUGUUUUAUCCCGAAUUCCUGACAGGACCAAAAGUGCAUCCCGAUUUCCUGCUGACUUACGUCAAGUCUCACACGAGAGCCACACCAUAUUUCAUAGGAAUGUUUGCUGGCUAUUUGUAUUACAAGCUGAAGGGAAAAGACACCCAUAUAUGUAAGACAAAGUCGAUUUUUAUAGUUCUGCUUUCGCUCAUCUCAGUGGCAGCUGCUGUAUUAUGCGGGGCAGUUUUCUACAACCCUUAUCAUCCCUACAACCCCUACGAGAGUGGAGCAUAUGCAGCCCUACACAGACCUCUAUGGGCUCUGGGCAGUAUAGGAAUAAUGUUUGUUGCUAGCUACGGACAUGCCAGCUUCAUAACCAAGAUCCUCACCUGGAGUCCUUGGAUUCCAUUAAGCAAAUUACAGUAUGGGGCGUACUUGAUUCACAUGCAGUUCCAGUUGAGAUCGGCGGCUAAAUUCAUGAGCCCCAAAUACAUUUCAUAUUUUGACUUGAUUAGUUUGUCAUUCUCAGACAUGGUAUUAGCCUUCCUCAGCGCUCUGUGCUUAUAUCUCAUGAUAGAAGCACCGUUUAGGAAGAUAUUCAAAGAGCUCUUGAUGCCUAAAAGGGAACCCAAAAAGCCUAAGCAUCAGAAUGAAAUUAGCGAAUCAGGAACAACCACCUUAAGAGAUUCGGCUAUAGAAAAUGGCAUUAUUUAUAGAAAUAAUCACGCCUAUAAUGGUAAUAAUGUCAAUGUCGAAGCAGACAGCAGGCUGUAAAAGGUACAUAAAUGUACAAUAUGUUAGCAUUUUAUUUUGUCCCAUUUUUGCAGGCUAUAAUUUUUUAUUGUUGUCAUUAUUAUGAGAUGAUACUCAUUAAAGAAAAGAAAAAUGUUUCUUUUCAAGUUUUAUGAAGUAUUACCAAACAUGUUAACGCUGUCAAAUAUCACAGAUAUUAAUAUGAAGAAUUUUUUUUAAUCAGGCGUAUAUUAAAUGUAUUAAAUAUCAUAUUUUUUCCGAUUUCACUGUGACAUUUUUAGUAAUACAAAAGUAAUACCGUAAGAAAACCCUAUAAUCAGUGUUUUAAUCACUCAAAUCUAAAUAAAUCAAUUAAUUACAUAUUUUUUCGGUGUUAUUGUUUUUAAUGAAUGUUGUAUUUCUAAAAAUAAAAAAUAUAUAGUGAGUUAAAAGAUGCAAAUUGGGACAAAAUAAAAUAUACUCUCCAGAGUGCCUCAAUUGUUUUAAUAGUGUUCAAUCAGAGACACAAUAUACCCUCACCGGCAUGAAAAAAAGAUGUAUUUUUGAUGUAUUUUAAAGUUUAAUAUAUUUUGUUCUAGUGAGCCAAGUUUGAUGAUUUCUUAACCUAUUGGUAGCUAGAUUAUUUAACUUUUGUUAAAUGUCUCUUUCUAAAAUUAAAAAUGGUCACCGUCUUUCAAUUAUACGAGGGAAAACAAAUUUGAUAUUUCGGUGAAAGUUUGAAACACCCUGUGGAAUAUGUUAAUAAAGCAAGGAAUUUAUAAAAAUCAUUUUAUCAUCUAGGUAUAUCUUUUUUCGGCAGUUUUUUUUGGUUCAUAUCAAUAGCUUUAUUUUUAUUAAAGAUAUUUGCUUUUGAAGAUGACAAUAACGAUUUACAGCAUAUUUAGCAUUAAUCGUGCCUUUGCUUUUGGUCCUCAUCAAUACACCUAUGAAAAAGAGUUUAUUGUUUUUCUGUCACUCAUGGUAAAGUCUUUUUUUAUUGUUUGUGGGGAGUUAAUCAAGAAGAGAUGAUUUUAAGUCCAGAAGUUGUAUCCACUAUUGUUGCAUUAGUUGAACAUAGUAGAGAUCAAUUUCUAGACUUUAAAACCAUCUCUGCUUGAGUAGCUACUCAUCAGACAAUAAUAAUAUGAGUUUUUAGUGACAAUGACAUUACACAACUCAUAAACACUUAUAUUUCAUAGAUCUGUUGACUAGGACCAAAAACAAUGGCAUGGUUUUAAUGUAAAAAUUACGAAAAAAAUUUAGUGUCUUCUUCACAAUAUCUCCAAAAAAAAUAAAGCUAUUGAGAUGAACCAAAAAACUGUCGAGAAAUGAUGCACCUAAUAUAUGAAAAAUAAUUUUUAUAUUCCUUGCUUUAUUAACUUAUUCUACAGGGUGUUUCAAACUUUCACCAAAAUAUCAACUUUUUGUUUUCCCUCGUAUAAUUGGCAGAUGAUGAAUUCUUUAUUUAGGAGGAGAUACUAAAAAGUCAAAUAAUUUAGCUACAAAUUGCUUAAAAAAUCAUCAAAAUCGGUCCACUAGAGCACAAUAGGUAUAUAAAAUUUUAGAAUACAUAAAAAUUUUAAGGUGCUUGUUUUUAGUGCCGGUGAGUGUAUAUGUAAAAUAGUUAAGGGACUAAAACAUUAACUAUUUGCCAUUUAAAUUUUUAAUGUGUAAAUAUUUUAAAAUGUUUAAUCUAUUUACGGUUUGUAGAAUGUAGAUAAACAAUAUGUACUUAGUUUCUUAUAAUAAUAGAUACUGUUUGUAUAAACAAUAUACAUAACAAUAAUCUAACGUAUAAAAUUACGUCUUAAAAUAAACAUUUGUAAUUUAAAAAAAUUGUAAUUCAGCAACUAUUCUGCAAUGCAAUUAAUUAGUAAGUUUAGAUUAGUCUGUAAAUAAAUAUGAAAAAUAAAACGUAAAGUAGAAUUUUUAAAAUAUAUGU